AUGAUUGAAGCCAUCGAAAAGGCCCUGCUAGACGGAAACUGGCCAGAAUCAUUAGAAUGCCCACCGGAUGAUACCGUUGCCCAGAUCGCACGUCGCGUUUCACGCGGUGAUUUCUCCGACCUCAAGACCUCGCCCAGCCGAGACCUGUUCUCUCUCGCACCCAACGCCGAGGUUAGCCGGCCACUCGCGGAGUGGUUUACAGUAUCCGAGGAUCCUUCGCCGGAGGCCGAACUUCUGCGGCUCACUUGCGCCGUCGCGUGCCUCCACGCGUUCCUACAGGCGAACUGGACUGGGCCCGACCUCGCUUUCACCCCGCUCGAACUCCUCCCGCUCUCGCCCGAACUGGCCCACACGGUCACCGACGACUUCCUGCACCAGAAAGCGAUCGCAGAGCUCGCGUGCGGCGGCGAGCCUGCGUACCACCUCGCGCGCGCCCCCGCUUUUCUACUCUUCGCACGCAUCCUCCUCGGCUUCGCCCCUUACUCGGCCACUACUUCCCAGUCAUCCUCCUCCUCACCGUCAACGAACAACACCAAUAUAACCUUCAAGCACUGCCGCUCCGCCACAUGGUGGCGACUGCGGGUCUGGCGCGUGCACGAGCAGGUGCUCGACGAGGCCGUCGCCCCUCCAGCUGACAUCGCGCCCGCCGCCGCCGCGCUCCUGCAGGACUUCGCGUCGCCCGACACGGAGCCGGACCUCGCCGGGCGACUGGAGCUCGAGCUCGGCCUGCUCGCGCACGUCGUGGGCGACGUGCGCACGGCGGCAAGCCACUUCGUGCGCGCGGCGCGCGCGACGCGGCUCGAAUAUGAGCUCACGGGCGCCCCUGGGCGGCGGACCAAGUUCCAGGACCGGGACAUCACGCAGCUCGUCCUCCUCGCCGAGUCGCGGGCGCGGGGCGGGGAAGCCGCGACCGACCCUGUAACGGAGAACGGCACUCGGGGCGGGGAUGAAGACACCGAGCCCGGCUCUGGGGAUGCUGCGCCCCUGCCCACCGGCGUGGGCUCUCCAGGUCCUGCGAUCCCGGAGACGCUCCCGCUCAACGACGACACGCUGCUCGAGCAGACGGCCUUCACCUCUUCCGCCGCCGACGCGGGCAAGGCCCCCGCAGACGGCGCUCCCGCCUCCUCCUCGACCUCCCCCACCGGCCGCCUCGCGCACAUCGACCCGGGGAACCAGCCGGCGCUGCACCCGCUCGACCAGGCGAUCCUCCUCGCGCUCUGCCUGAACGUGAAGAACACGUCCCCCGCGCACGGCCUCACCGCCGAGCAGAUGAUGCCCUACGUCGCGCGCACGCUCGCCCACCCCCGCAACUGGGCCGUGCACACCCUCGCGCUCCUCCUCCGCGCCCGCCUCCAGGCGUCCCGCACCCGCACCGUCGAGCGCUCCGUGCUCCAGCUCCAGGCGCUCGUCGACCAGCUCCCCACCGCGGACGCGCCGCCCCCCGAGCGCCUCCGGUACGCGCACGCGCUCGUGCUCCCCCCGCGCUGGGAGAUGGAGCGCGAGCUCGCGGAGCGGUACCUCUCGCUGGGCGUCGUACGGUCUGCCCUCGCGGUCUUCGAGCGGCUCGAGCUCUGGGCGGACGCCGUCCGCUGCCACGCCGCGCUCGAGCAGCCCGCGCAGGGCGUCGCCCUCGUCCGCGACCUCCUCACGGGCGCCAAGACCGAGGCGGACGCGGUCCUCUCUGGGGCGCGCGCGUCGAAUGCGAGCCCCGCGAGGCAGCGCGUACGCGACGCGGCGCGCGAGGCGAAGCUCUGGUGCCUCCUCGGCGACCUCGAGCCCGCGCGCGCGGCGGAGCACUACACGACCGCGUGGGCCGCGUCGGGCGCGACGUCCGCGCGGGCGAUGCGCUCGCUGGGCGGCCUGCACUUCGCGCGGGGCGAGUACGGAGAGGCGAUCGGGUGCCUCGAGAGGGCGGUCGCGCUCGCGCCGCUGCAGGCGCGGGCGUGGUUCGUGCUCGGGUGCGCGGCGCUGCGGGUCGAGGACUGGGCGCGGGCGCGGGGGGCGUUCGCGCGGUGCGUGCGGCUGGACGACGAGGACGGGGAGAGCUGGAACAACCUCGCGAGCGUGUACAUGCGCAUGGGCGAGGCGGGGGAGGAGGUCGCCGCGGACGAUGACGACGAUGUGGAGGAUGCGGAGGAGGCCGGCGCACGCGACCGGCGCGUGCCGCUCGCGAACCGGCUGCGCGCCUUCCGCGCGCUCCGGGAGGGCCUCCGCGCGAGCUACGACAGCUGGCGGAUGUGGGCGAACUACACCGUCGUCGCGGCGGACGUGGGCGAGCUCGGGGAGGCGUGCCGCGCGCUCGCGCGCGUCGUCGAGGCGCGCGCGGACCGGGACGGCGCGGGCGCGGUCGACGCGGACGUGCUCGACCGCCUCGUCGACGCCGCCGUGCGCGAGCUCCAGGACCCCGACGCCGCGCAAGGAGUAGCAGGAGGAGGCGACGGGGACGAAAACGCGCAGGCGAGCGACGCGGCGGCGCGCGGGGUGCGCACUGCCGGCCUCCCGCGGCGCGUCGACGAGCUCUUCACGCGCACGAUCCUGCCGCGCGUCGCGUCCGCGCGGAUCUCGCGCGCGCGCGCGCGCCUGCUCGCGGCGCAGGGCCGCCCCGCGGACGCGCUCGCGGCGCACAUGGACGCGUACCGGCUCGGGCCCGCGGGCGCGUUCGAGCGCGGGGAGACGGACGCGGGCGUGUUCCGCGCGGCGGUGGACGAGGUCGCGGACGCGGUGGACGUGCUGCGGAACUUUGGGCCGCGCGCGGACGCGGACGCGGGCGUGGGCGACGGGCAGGCGAAGGCGAAGGUGAACUGGAAGCUGCAGGCGCGGAGCGUCGUGCGCACGUUCGUCGGGCGCGCGCGGGACUUUGAGGACGAGCCGGAGUGGGCGCGGCUCGGGGCGCUGCUGGAGGAGAUCAAGAACGCGGAGGAGUGA